AUGUCAAAAAGACCAAUACCCAUUGAUGAUCUUCUUAAAGAGGAUGCAAUCGUUCCCAAAUACAUUCCAAAAUCGAAAAGAGCAAAGUCAAGCAAUGGCCCUGGUGAAGAUGGUGCAAAUACCACUCUUAAACUGCAAUAUCCUCAAAGUUCAGUGAAUCACGGUAGUGCUGUUUCAAGAUCAACACAAUUCUCCGCACAUCAGAAGUCUUCAACUCGUCCUACUACAUCUUUGCAACCACCAUCAAAACUGCGACACAAGAAGUUUCAAUUUGACUGGGAUGAUAUUGAUGAUCCACACUAUAACCCCCAACCUUUAUACUCAUUUGAGCUUGAUCAACUAGGUGUUGAAAAUGGUGAUAACUACAAUGAUAACAAGAACAACAACGACGACGACGACAACUUCGACUUUCAAGAUCCUUUGCUCCAUGAUGAUCGUAAUAGUGGGCAUUGGUCCACUAAAUUAUUAUCCGAAAUGACUGAUCGUGAUUGGCGAAUAUUCAACGAAGAUUAUGGCAUUACAACAAAAGGUAAGAAGAUUCCGCAUGCUACUCGCUCGUGGGAUGAAAGUGGAUUGGAUCCCAAGAUUCUCGCAUCCUUAAAGAGCUUUGGAUUUCGUCAACCUACACCAGUACAAAGGGCUAGUAUUCCAAUUAGUCUUGAGCUGCGAGAUGUUGUUGGUGUUGCCGAAACAGGUAGUGGUAAGACGUUGGCUUUUUUACUUCCAUUGCUUCAUUAUUUAAGUCGCGUGGAUGGGAAUUAUUUGAAUUAUGAAAAAGUGCGAAAUGAACCAUUGGCAUUGGUACUUGCGCCAACUAGAGAAUUGGCUUUACAGAUUACGCAAGAAGCAGAGAAGUUUGGCAAACAAUUGGGUUUCAAUGUUUUGUCCAUCAUUGGAGGUCGCCAGUAUCAAGAAACAAUGGAUCAAAUUGAUAAUAUGAUAGUAGGAAGAGGCGUGCAUAUAGUUGUUGGUACUCCCGGAAGGUUACUCGAUUCAGUUGAGCGCAAGAUUCUAAAUUUCAGCAAAUGCUACUAUUUGGUGAUGGAUGAGGCAGAUAGAAUGAUUGAUAUGGGAUUUGAAAAGGACUUGAACAAGUUGAUUAAUUUGCUACCAAAGAAUGAGAAGUUAUCGACUACAAUUGAUGGUAAAUUAUUCCACUUGACUAAGAGAUUAACCAUGAUGUAUACUGCAACCAUUUCACCUCCAAUUGAAAAGAUUACAAAGUCGUACCUAAUUGAUCCAGCAUACAUCUAUAUUGGAGGCGCUGGCGAGGCAUUGGACAAUAUUGAUCAACAUUUCGACUAUCUUUCGACAUAUGCGGAAAGUGCAAGAUUGAGCAAAUUAAUUAAAGUUGUGCAAGGCCACAAGAGGAGAAAUAGAAACGCUCUCGUUAUCAUCUUUGCUAACUUCAAACAUGUUUGUGACGUUUUGUCAUUGGAAUUGGAGCAGAAUAACUUGCUGAAUGUAGUUAUUCAUGGCUCCAAAUCUCAAGAAGCACGAGAAGAAGCAUUAGAAGAUUUUAGGACCCACCAAGCACCAAUAUUAGUUGCAACCGAUGUUGCGGCAAGAGGCAUAGAUGUUCCCAAUGUGAGUCUUGUUAUCAAUUACCAAAUGAGCAAAAAAUUUGACGAAUAUAUACACAGGAUCGGAAGAACUGGUAGAGCAGGGAACUUGGGUGAAAGUUACACCUUUUUGGAUGAUGCAGAUGCUGAGACAUUUAUGCCAUUAAAGAAGUUUUUAAAAAGUGGUCGGAAAAAAGUACCCGAAUGGUUGUACAGAUACAAUAUUGGUUGA